AUGGAUUAUUCAGCAGUAGUGAAUGAAGACGAUGCCCAUCUACUGGCGACGCAUAUUGCAGCAUGCAGUGCAUUCCCGGCUGCCGUGAAAUGCGCCAUAGAGCUCAACUUGUUUGAGCUGAUGAAGCAAUUAGCGGGGUUCGUUUCUGCAUCGGAGCUGGCAGCCAAGGUGGCCCCAGCCAACUCCGAAGCCCACCUAAUGAUUGAUAGGAUCCUCCGACUUCUCGCCAGCUACUCUGUCGUCAAGUGCCGCCACACAAAUAACGAGCGGCACUACUCAUUGGGACCCGUCUGCGAGUUCUUCACCGACAAUCAAGACGGGGCCUCGUUGGCUCCGCUCUUCCUCCUAAUGCAUGCCAAUCUCUACCAAACUUCCUGGGGCAAACUUAAAGAUUCGAUUGUUGAGGGAGGAGUCCCGUUCAACAAGGCUCAUGGAAUGAGUUUGUAUGAGCACAGUGCGUUAAAUCCUAAGUCCAAUAAGUUGUUUUUUGAUGCCAUGUCCGAUAAUUCCACCAUUCUCAUGAAGAAAAUUGUGGCAACGUACAAUGGGUUUGAAGGCCUGAAUUCGAUUGUGGAUGUUGGUGGAGGAAUAGGGUCAACCACAAACAUGAUUGUUUCUAGAUAUCCGAUGAUUAAAGGCAUUAAUUUCGACUUACUCCAUGUUAUUCAACAUGCUCCGUCUUACUCAGGUAAACUUCAUAUGUACCUCCUUAGUCUUGUUUUCUUAAUUUAUUUCAUAACUUAUCUUGAGAGAGAUCAACAAUAUAUUUAUUUGUUGAGAUGA